AUGCCCGACUUCGUCCAGCCCAAUGUCAGUCGACGCCGCAUCCUGGGUGGUAUCACAGCUGCUAUGCCAGCUGGUUCUCUUGCUGGCUCCCUCGUAUCGUCCUUCAUUGCCGACAAGUACUCCCGCAAAAUCGCCCUCCAGUUCUCCUGCCUGUUGUGGACCUUGGGUGCUAUCCUACAAUGCGCGUCCGUCAACGUUGGUAUGCUCUGCGCGGGCCGUGUCAUCGCCGGAAUGUGUGUCGGAAUCGCAUCUUCCAUCGUCCCCGUCUACCAGUCCGAGAUCGCGCCCAAGGAGAUUCGCGGCCGUGUUGUCUCGCUCCAGCAGUGGGCUAUUACCUGGGGUAUUCUGAUCCAGUACUUCAUUCAGUACGGCGCUGCCGAGGGCAUCGAUGGCGGGCCCACCGACGAGAACCAGUCUACCGCCGCCUUCCGAAUCCCGUGGGGUGUCCAGAUCGUUCCCGCCGUCGUCUUGUUCUUCGGACUCUUCUUCUGCCCCUACAGCCCCCGUUGGCUCGCCGCACACGACCGCUGGGAUGAGGCGAUCAAGGUUUUGGCCUCCCUCCACGGUGGCGGCGACGUGAACCACCCGAAGGUUCUUGCCCAGUAUCAAGAAAUCGAGGAGGCUCUCCGAUUCGAGCGCGAAGAGAAGAUCAACAGCUUCAAGGCUCUCAUCGCGCCCCGCAUGUACAAGCGUGUGCUCUUGGGUAUGAGCAUUCAGAUGUGGUCUCAGUUGAGUGGCAUGAACAUCAUGAUGUUCUAUAUCAUGCAAGGGGCCGGAUUAGGUAAUCCUCUCAUGACGGCCUCAAUCCAGUACAUCAUCAACGUCGUCCUCACCCUACCGGCCAUCCUCUUCAUGGACAGGAUCGGACGUCGCCCGCUACUUGUUGGUGGAGCCUUCAUGAUGAUGACCUGGCUCUUCAUCUCUGGCGCCCUUCAACAGUACUAUGGCGAGGCAAACGUUGGCGACCUCGUCACCAAAGAGAACGAGUCCGUAUCCUGGAUCAUCAACGGCAACAAUUCCGUCUCCGCCGCCGUCGUUUCCUGCUCUUACCUCUUCGUUGCGACGUUUGCCACAACCUGGGGCCCCGUCUCGUGGACGUACCCCGCCGAGAUCUUCCCGAGCAAGAUUCGUGCCAAGGCCGUCUCUCUGGCCACCUCGACCAACUGGUUCUGGAACAUGGUCCUCGCCUUCGCCGUUCCCCCUCUCCUUUGGAACAUUAACUACAAGAUGUACUACAUCUUCGCCACCUUCAACGCCUGCGCCUUCCUCCACACCGCCUUCUUCGCCCCCGAGACCAAGGGCUUCACCCUCGAGGAGAUGGACGACGUCUUCAACUCCGGCCUCCCCGCGUGGAAGACCCACCAGAAGAAGUCCCGUCUCGACGAGCUCGAGAACGAGAUCGCCACCGGAAACCUCAAGGUCGGCCGCCCCGUCGCCGUCACCGAUGAGGAGGCCGUUCACGAGCCCAAGAAGGAGACCAGCGCUAUCUAA